GCACAUAGGUAGCCCUCCAAAAAAAAUCAUCCAAUUUUCUAAAUUAUGGAAAUUUUGUGGAAGACGUUGACCUGGAUUUUGAGCCUCAUCAUGGCUUCAUCGGAAUGUCAUAGUGACCACAGACUUUCAUACAGUUCUCAAGAGGAAUUCCUGACUUAUCUAGAACACUACCAGCUAACUAUUCCAAUAAGGGUUGAUCAAAAUGGAGCUUUUCUCAGCUUUACUGUGAAAAAUGAUAAACACUCCAGGAGAAGACGGAGUAUGGACCCUAUCGAUCCACAGCAGGCAGUAUCUAAGUUAUUUUUUAAACUUUCAGCCUAUGGCAAGCACUUUCACCUAAACUUGACUCUCAACACAGAUUUUGUGUCCAAACAUUUUACAGUAGAAUACUGGGGAAAAGAUGGACCCCAGUGGAAACAUGAUUUUUUAGACAACUGUCAUUACACAGGAUACUUGCAAGAUCAACGUAGUACAACUAAAGUGGCUUUAAGCAACUGUAUUGGGUUGCAUGGUGUAAUUGCCACAGAAGAUGAAGAAUAUUUUAUUGAACCAUUAAAGAAUACCACAGAGGAUUCCAAACAUUUUAGUUAUGAAAAUGGCCAUCCGCAUGUUAUUUACAAAAAGUCUACCCUCCAGCAACGACAUCUGUAUGAUCACUCUCAUUGUGGGGUUUCAGACCUCAUAAGAAGUGGCAAACCCUGGUGGCUGAAUGACACAUCUACUUUUCCUUCUUCACUACCAAUUAAUGGCACGCAUAUCCGCCACAGACAGAAGAGAUCAGUAAGCAUUGAGCGGUUUGUGGAGACAUUGGUAGUGGCAGACAAAAUGAUGGUGGGCUACCAUGGCCGCAAAGACAUUGAACAUUACAUUUUGAGUGUGAUGAAUAUUGUUGCCAAACUUUACCGUGAUUCCAGCCUAGGAAACGUUGUGAAUAUUAUAGUGGCCCGGUUAAUUGUUCUUACAGAAGAUCAGCCAAACUUGGAGAUAAACCACCAUGCAGACAAGUCCCUCGAUAGCUUCUGUAAAUGGCAGAAAUCCAUUCUCUCCCACCAAAGUGAUGGAAACACCAUUCCAGAAAAUGGGAUUGCCCACCACGAUAAUGCUGUUCUUAUUACUAGAUAUGAUAUCUGCACUUAUAAAAAUAAGCCCUGUGGAACAUUGGGCUUGGCCUCUGUGGCUGGAAUGUGUGAGCCUGAAAGGAGCUGCAGCAUUAAUGAAGACAUUGGCCUGGGUUCAGCUUUUACCAUUGCACAUGAGAUUGGUCACAAUUUUGGUAUGAACCAUGAUGGAAUUGGAAAUUCUUGUGGGACGAAAGGUCAUGAAGCAGCAAAACUUAUGGCAGCUCACAUUACUGCGAAUACCAAUCCUUUUUCCUGGUCUGCCUGCAGUCGAGACUAUAUCACCAGCUUUCUAGAUUCAGGCCGUGGUACUUGCCUUGAUAAUGAGCCUCCCAAGCGUGACUUUCUUUAUCCAGCUGUGGCCCCAGGUCAGGUGUAUGAUGCUGAUGAGCAAUGCCGUUUCCAGUAUGGAGCAACAUCACGCCAAUGUAAAUAUGGGGAAGUGUGUAGAGAGCUGUGGUGUCUCAGCAAAAGCAACCGCUGUGUCACCAACAGUAUUCCUGCAGCUGAAGGAACACUCUGUCAAACUGGGAAUAUUGAAAAGGGGUGGUGUUAUCAGGGAGAUUGUGUUCCUUUUGGCACUUGGCCCCAGAGCAUAGAUGGGGGCUGGGGUCCCUGGUCACUAUGGGGAGAGUGCAGCAGAACCUGCGGGGGAGGCGUCUCCUCAUCCCUAAGACACUGUGACAGUCCAGCACCUUCAGGAGGUGGAAAAUAUUGCCUUGGGGAAAGGAAACGGUAUCGCUCCUGUAACACAGAUCCAUGUCCUUUGGGGGCCCGAGAUUUUCGAGAGAAACAGUGUGCAGACUUUGACAAUAUGCCUUUCCGUGGAAAGUAUUAUAACUGGAAACCCUAUACUGGAGGUGGGGUAAAACCUUGCGCAUUAAACUGCCUGGCUGAAGGUUACAACUUCUACACUGAACGUGCCCCUGCGGUGAUUGAUGGGACUCAGUGCAAUGCGGACUCACUGGAUAUCUGUAUCAAUGGGGAAUGCAAGCAUGUAGGUUGUGAUAAUAUUUUGGGAUCCGAUGCUAGGGAAGAUAGAUGUCGAGUCUGUGGAGGGGAUGGAAGCACAUGUGAUGCCAUUGAAGGGUUCUUCAAUGAUUCGUUGCCCAGAGGAGGCUACAUGGAGGUAGUGCAGAUACCAAGAGGCUCUGUUCAUAUUGAAGUCAGAGAAGUUGCCAUGUCAAAGAACUAUAUUGCUUUGAAAUCUGAAGGAGAUGAUUACUAUAUUAAUGGCGCCUGGACUAUUGACUGGCCUAGGAAGUUUGAUGUUGCUGGGACAGCUUUUCACUACAAGAGACCAACUGAUGAACCAGAAUCCUUGGAAGCUCUAGGUCCCACCUCGGAAAAUCUCAUUGUCAUGGUUCUGCUUCAGGAACAAAAUUUGGGAAUUAGGUAUAAGUUCAAUGUUCCCAUCACUCGGACUGGCAGUGGAGACAAUGAAGUUGGCUUUACAUGGAAUCAUCAGCCUUGGUCAGAAUGCUCAGCUACUUGUGCUGGAGGUGUCCAAAGACAGGAGGCAGUCUGUAAAAGAUUGGACGACAACUCUAUUGUCCAGAACAAUUACUGUGACCCUGACAGUAAGCCACCUGAAAAUCAAAGAGCCUGCAACACUGAGCCCUGCCCACCUGAGUGGUUCAUUGGGGAUUGGUUGGAGUGUAGCAAGACUUGUGACGGUGGAAUGCGCACAAGGGCAGUGCUCUGCAUCAGGAAGAUUGGACCUUCAGAGGAGGAGACACUGGACUACACCGGCUGUUUAACACACCGGCCUAUUGAAAUAGAGUCCUGCAACAACCAGUCAUGUCCACCUCAGUGGGUGGCUUUGGACUGGUCAGAAUGCACUCCCAAAUGUGGUCCGGGAUUCAAGCAUCGGAUUGUUCUGUGCAAGAGCAGUGACCUCUCUAAAACAUUCCCAGCUGCACAGUGUCCAGAAGAGAACAAACCCCCUGUCCGUAUCCGCUGCAGUUUGGGCCGCUGCCCUCCUCCUCGCUGGGUGACUGGAGACUGGGGCCAGUGUUCUGCUCAGUGUGGCCUUGGACAGCAGAUGAGGACUGUGCAGUGUCUUUCCUACACUGGACAGGCAUCUAGUGACUGUCCAGAAACUGUUCGGCCUCCAUCGAUGCAGCAGUGUGAAAGCAAAUGUGACAGUACCCCCAUUUCCAAUACUGAAGAGUGCAAAGAUGUGAACAAAGUGGCGUAUUGCCCGCUGGUGCUCAAGUUCAAGUUCUGUAGUCGAGCAUACUUCAGACAGAUGUGUUGUAAGACCUGCCAAGGACACUGACCCGUGGAGAGCCAGAGAGGGAGCCUUGUCAUUUCAUCGUGGAAAUGCGUCCAUCAAAGAGAGCCACCCAGAGGAAGAGGAUUGAUGUCCUUGCAAAUGCAUUACCCUGUGGAAAACGUAACCACUGGUCAGCCCUAGCUGACAGGAUUUCAAUAUUAUUUUAACUUCUGUGAAGUGGGAUUUAUUGAUCCAAAGUGCUGGACACAGUAUUAGGAGGGAAUGCCAGAUCGGAGAGAUCCAAACAACACAGGGAGACUUGCUUACUGUGGAGCGUUUGUGUUCUUUCGAGUAAAUCCAAUAGCCUGUUUACCUCCUUGGACCAUUAAGAUAAUUUUUAUUAUGGACUUAGCAAUGACACUGAAUCCAUUUGUAUUUAAAACCGUUUAAAAUGUAGCUGUUAUGACUUGGUCAACUAUGGAAGUAAAGAAGAUUCAGAAAUCUUAAGUCAUAGCUUAAAAAUAUUUACUAUACUUUAUCUCAAUACAACAGCACCACAAUUUAAAUUCUAAAACGGGCUUUUAACUGUAAUUUAAGGAGCAAUUAUAAAUCAAAAGUAAUGAAAGUUUGUAUUAUUUUUCUUCAUUCCACUUAAUUUCCUUAGGACUAAUCCCCCUGUUCUGAACACUGCUGUGAGCCAUAUAUAAACUAUAUUAAACCGAACAACAAGGAAGGACUCAGUUUAAGGCAGCGCAUCAGUUACUGCGGCCGUGCAAGUCUAUAAAUUCUGUGCUAAGAGACUGGGGCCAACUUGCCAUUGUGCAAGUGAAGCUGAGAUUUCCAUUAAAACUUUAAGAGAAAAACAUUUCAGUUUCAUGCAGAAGCCAGACCUGGGGUAUGGUAGAGACUGAAGAACCGGGCCCUUUGCUGCCAUCACACAGGAUGCCUGAGUCCUUUAUGUGAGUCACCCCAGCUCAGUUGUGUUUACAACCUCACCGGCCACAGGACAGCUUCUGCCCCGUUGGAUUUUUGCAUGCAUGUUGAGCUUACUGAAAUGAUGCCGUGCAAAAGAUAGACUGGCUCGGCAACAACCAGGCAGACCCUUUCGCUGACAAUUGUGAUGGGUUCCAGAUGUCCCUUCUUUGAUAUGGCAGAAGGGCAUUUAUUUAUAUGAGAGCAAGUGUGUGUGUGUGAGCGGGCGCUUUUGAGUGUGUGGGUAGAUGAGUGUGCUUGCACAUAAAUGUGCUAUUUCUGUGAGUUUUUAAAGUAGGCAAGGGAUAACAACCAAAGAAGAAAAACUCAUGAAGCCUAGAGAUCAUAAAGCAUAAUUUUAAUAGUCACUCAACCAACUAUUUUGUAUUUUUUAUGGAUACUCUGAAUGGCAAUUAAAUGUGAAACCAAGUUUCUUGGGCAAGUCAAAUUCUAGAAUCAAAUCCAGAAUCCUAAAUUAAAUUGACUAGCUCAUAGUUUCCCUAUCCACAAGUUUCAUGUCAUGCUCAUCAAAAGAUUCAACAGCGAGAUUAAAAGAAAGCAAAAAAGAA